AUGCGCCAACGCGCUUUACUGCAAUUCGCAAUCGUUGAGGUUUUUGGAACGCGUGUUAGGUUGCACAAUGACUUGCGGGGACCAUCCGAUGAUCAGUAUCUUCCGCAACCAGCUCGAUUUUGCCUGACCAUGAUGUCAUCAAAAUCACAAAGAGACCUUGCAAGAGAUCAACAAAGCACAGUUUCCAUUAAGCCGUCAGUUCUCUUCACCUGGCGACAGGUUACGAGCGCUCGACAGUGUCGGUUUGGGUUCCAGGGUUAUCAAGGCGAAUACCGACUAUCGCCGGAUUUUGGCGCCUACGAGGAAUGUCAGUACUCAUUGUCACGACAUACUCAUGCGUUGUCUGAGGUGCUCGCACGAGGAGGCCCUUUGAGCAAAUCUUUGCGAUUCAACUCUUCCAAUCCGGACUGCCCCAUAAACGAGUUACCAACUACAUACGCGGACUACGUUUCUUGUUCUCUAAACGCAAAUGAAUGGUAUAUAUUAGAUUGGCACUCGUCCAUUCGUUAUGAGACCUAUCACAACGGAGUUUACGGCACCUACUACGCCAAUCAUACGACAUCGUUUGUGUUCCAACCCUCGUACGUUCUUCUGCGGAAUGGGAGCGAAGCAGAAUGGCUUGCGAGAUUAAUCCGAUUAGAGACGAGGACUAAUGGGUGCGAUCGCGCAUCGCUCCUUGUUCGCCUCGAUGAGUAUUGGCCCUAUUCGUCAACUGUGGCGUUGCACUACUACGUAAGAGAUGGACGACGGAUCUCCUACGACGGUCAUCUGAUCACCGCAAGUGUGGAACGAUGGCUGCAGCACGACUUCGCACUGCAGGCUGAGCCUGGAAUCCACGAAAUUUGCGCCCAGUCUUUGAGUAAUGGAAAACUUGAAGAUUCAGUGUUCAUGCGGUUAAAAGUGCUUUGCAUGCAUCGAUUUUGUUGUGAUUUGUUCCUGCAAAAAUUAGUUCAAGAAAACAAGUUCAAAAAGAACUAUGUUGGAAAUUUAAUGAGUAUGUCACGUAAUGCGUGGUGCUACUGGAGUAAUUCUCCACACCUCCUCCUUAUUCGUCUGGAAGCAAAUUUUCAGGAAGUCGGAUUUUAA